UUCCGUGCCCAAUGCUCUUUGGGAGGUGGCAGUGCGUGCGUGGCGUUUGUACACAUAUGUACGGAUACUAGUAUGUAGUAAUGUACAUUAUGUAGUACGUACUAUGCAAAGCUACUAUGGUGAGAUGUCUUUUGAGAAGGAAUCAAGAGGACUGUACAUUACCUAUCCAUGGGGAUUGUUCACUUUCUCAAGCUGUCAGUCAGGAUUCCAGGCUCACCCCUCCCCCUCCUCAGUCCAGUCUUCUGAUGAGGGUUAUCCCUAGUCAGCCACCCAGGCCCGCCUUCCCCAAAGUCUCCGAGAAGCAGACCCAGUCGGGGCGACUAUUGUUGAGGUAGUCACGCCUUACUCCGUAGGGUCCUUCCCUUUUUCGCCGCU